AGGAAGCGUGUUGCUUCGCCCAGCCGAUCGGCAGAAGUUGAGAGGAGUUGGUGGCUGCCUCCGGCCGGCCGGACUUUGCAAGCAGCCCGGAGAGGAGCCGCCGCCGCCGCGGAGCCUUCGGGGCUGCCUCCCUCCUGCCGAGCCCGCAGCGCGGGUGGAGAGGGGCGGGGAGGGGGUCGGGUGCGCGAGAAGAACUUGAAACUGUGUGAAGGAAUCCGAAGCAAAUGAGAAGGGAGGAAAAUAAAACAAAGUGGAGACUGCAGAAAAGACUGAACCGUGGUUGAUUGUAUCGGCUGACGCUCCAGCAGAGGGGCUGUUUUUUUUUUUUUUUUUUCCUCCCAUUCUCUGGCUCUCUCUUUUAAAGCUACACCAGCUCUCUCUCUCUCUUUCUCUACUAUCUCUGUAUCACCAAACCCUUGCUGGCUCUUAUGGGCAUGAAACACUCCUCCCGCUGCCUGCUCCUAAGGAGGAAAAUGGCGGAGAACGCUGCCGAGAACACUGAGACAGGGAUCCAAGGCCAGAGAGGAUGAUGGCUGACUCCAGGCCAUGCAGUGAACAGUCCCCCCUCUCAACCCCCACAGCCUGUCGUCCCACCCAAGCCUGUACAAUGUGUCCAUCAUGUGUCUACUCAACCCAGCUGUCCAGGACGGGGCAAGAUGUCCAAGCUGCUGAACCCAGAAGAGAUGACGUCGAGAGAUUAUUAUUUUGACUCCUAUGCCCACUUUGGGAUCCAUGAGGAGAUGCUGAAGGACGAGGUGCGGACGCUCACUUACCGGAACUCCAUGUACCACAACAAGCACGUGUUCAAGGACAAGGUGGUGCUGGACGUUGGGAGUGGCACUGGGAUCCUUUCCAUGUUCGCUGCCAAAGCAGGGGCCAAGAAGGUGUUUGGGAUUGAAUGCUCCAGUAUUUCUGACUACUCGGAGAAGAUCAUUAAGGCCAACCACUUGGACAACAUCAUCACCAUAUUUAAGGGUAAAGUGGAAGAGGUGGAGCUGCCGGUGGAGAAGGUAGACAUCAUCAUCAGCGAGUGGAUGGGCUACUGUCUAUUCUAUGAGUCAAUGCUCAACACGGUGAUAUUUGCCAGGGACAAGUGGCUGAAACCUGGAGGGCUUAUGUUUCCAGACCGGGCAGCUUUGUACGUGGUAGCAAUUGAAGACAGACAGUACAAGGACUUCAAAAUCCACUGGUGGGAGAAUGUCUAUGGCUUUGACAUGACCUGUAUCCGGGAUGUUGCCAUGAAGGAACCCCUGGUGGACAUCGUGGAUCCAAAGCAAGUGGUGACCAAUGCCUGUUUAAUAAAGGAAGUGGAUAUCUACACGGUGAAGACAGAGGAGUUAUCCUUCACGUCUGCAUUCUGCCUGCAGAUACAGCGCAAUGACUACGUCCAUGCCCUGGUCACCUAUUUUAAUAUUGAAUUUACCAAGUGCCACAAGAAAAUGGGGUUUUCCACAGCCCCUGAUGCUCCCUACACCCACUGGAAGCAGACCGUCUUCUACUUGGAAGAUUACCUCACUGUCCGGAGGGGGGAGGAGAUCUAUGGAACCAUAUCCAUGAAGCCAAAUGCCAAAAACGUGCGAGACCUCGAUUUCACAGUGGACUUGGAUUUUAAGGGACAGCUGUGUGAAACAUCUGUAUCUAAUGACUACAAAAUGCGUUAGCACACGUGGAAAGUGCAGAGAACAAGUGAGAAAAGGAACUCUCACCUCGAUCUGCCACGCUGUCCCGAGGAACACUGUUUGCAGGACUACACACUCGAAAACCAGAGCUUUCAAUUCUGCCUUGAAGAUUGGUGGACUCACCAGGGCUCCCGUGGGCCCCGCCAUGGACAGAAGGCCUCCAGCUCCUCCGCUCUGCCCUGGGAGCUCUCCAUGAAGGCUUUGUUGUCACCAACAAAGAGCAACCUCAUGUGCUGUGGCUGGGCCCCAAGGAUGGAAAAGCCCCCGUGUGUUCCCAACGUCCUCCUAAACUGUGACUCUGGAUCUUCCAAGUUUUGCAUGCUGCAGGCAUCUAGGACAGAUUGCUUUCACUAGAACCUGGAGACAUAGUGUCUUUGAUAGCAUAAGCCAGAUUAUCUGUGCGGUGGUAUGUGUGUGCGUGUGUGUGUGCACAGCAUAUAUAUUAGUUUAUUUGCCCACAAACACUGUAUAUGCAUGCAUAUACAACCAAGUGGGUAUACUCAUGUGUUCAUCCAGAGGGGUGUGUGCGUGUGUGUGUGCGUGCGCCUGGGUGAGUGUGUGAGCCUGGGUGUGUGUGCGUAUAAUAUAUAUUACUCUCAGAGGAGAUUCUGUUGCUUUCGAAUAGGAAUUUGUUUUGUGAUUAGUUCUCCCCACCCCGCCCCUUAACAGAUGUUAUGCAGCUAUGAAACAUUCUCUGUACUAGCUCUGGUCUCCUUUGGACUAGACAGUGGCUCUGAACCCUGAGCACAGUACCACGGGCCCCGUGGGCACUCAAUAAAUACACAUGAGAACGAAACGAUGGGACGUCUGUUUUCCUGGUGCUCUGGAGUGGCGGGACUGGGUAUGGGGAGUCAGAAGUCAUGGUGGAGUGGAAAAUCAAAGAGCCUCCUCCACUUGUUUGCCCUCUGAAGGAAAGCACCAUGGCAGUAGCAGCUGGAAGUCAGGGCCAGGUCUGAGAGCCUCUGUCCUGCACACUCCCCAGGU